CUUGAAUAAAAGACUGAAAUCGCAGGCUGGUUUGAAGAAAAGAUGAACGCAAAUGUCGUCCAAGCUUCACAAUGCUAUCAAACAGUUUACCCCGGCAAGCUCAAAAUCAGAUCGACAGAUCGCCAAAGCUAUAUCCGUAGCACUGAUUUCUUCCACGAAAGAUCCCCUAGGUCUCGAACCCACUUGCAAUUCUGAUCUGAAUCCCCAAAUUAUCCAUCUCGUCCUCUCCAACCCUCGAGUACCCGCCCAAAAUUGCUUCCGCUUCUUUAAUUUCCUCAAAACGAACCCGUCAGUUACUCCCCAGAAACCCAACAGUGACGCCCAUAUCACAUUAGCCCUGCGCUUAUUCAAAGCAAGGAAGUUCCGUGAAGCCAAGUCUGUAUUGAACGCUGUUGCCUCGGAUGACAACCUCAGAAGCUCAAUUUCAGAAAUAGCAUCUUCAGCGGGCAAAAAUUCUUCGGAACCCAGAAUCGUAGGGAAGUUGUUUGAUAUGCUAUUUAGGGUGUAUGCUGAUAAUAAGAGGUUUAAGGAGGGUUUAGAGGUUUUCGAACACAUGUUGAGUAGUGGUUUCGAGAUUGAUGAGAGAUCGUGCUUGGUUUACUUAAUUGCACUCAAGAAAUUUGAUCAGUUCGAGUCAUUGUUUGCGUUUUUUAACAGAAUGGUGGAGGCCAAUGUAAAAAUUACCGUUUAUUCGAUCACAACGGUGAUUGGCGGUCUAUGCAAAAGAAGAGAGGUUGACAAGGCGAGAAUAUUACUGGAUGAAAUGGUUGCCAAAGGGAUUAAGCCUAAUGAAUUUACUUAUAAUACUUUGAUAGAUGCUUAUAUAAGAAUACAGGAUUUUGACGGAGUUCAAGAGAUUUUGAGCGCAAUGAAGAAGGAUGGAGUUGGGUUUAAUGUGACAACUUACACGCUUUUGAUUCAUGGGCGUUGUACCUCUGGGAAGAUUGCAGAGGCAGAGAAGCUGUUUGAGGAACUGCACGAGAAGGGGGGAUUGACGCCUGAUGUCCAUGUAUACACCGUAAUGAUCAAUUGGUACUGUAAGUUGGGGAAUGUCAAGCAGGCGUUUGUGUUGUUUGAUUCAUUGGUGGAGAGAGGCCUCGUCCCAAAUGUUCACACCUAUGGGGCCUUAAUAGAUGGGGUCUGUGGAGCAGGUCAGAUGGGGGCAGCAGAAAUUUUACUCAAGGAGAUGCAAAGCAAGGGGAUUGAUCUGAAUAGGGUGAUAUUUAAUACGUUGAUGGAUGGUUAUUGCAAGCAAGGGAUGGUAGGUGAAGCACGGAGACUUCAAGCUAUCAUGGAGGGGAAGGGACUUGAGGCGGAUGUGUAUGUGUACAAUAUAAUAGCCACUGGGUUGUGUAAAGCAAAGCGAUAUGACGAAGCAAAGAAGGUUCUGUUCUCAAUGAUGGAUAAAGGUGUGGUACCAAACACGGUCACGUACACUACUUUGAUCGAUAUUUACAGCAAGGAAGGAAACUUGGUUGAAGCAAAAAGGAUUUUUCGAGAGAUGUUGAAUAGGGGAGAGAAACCCAAUGAAGUAACCUACAAUGCCCUGAUAGAUGGCUAUUGUAAGAAAGGAAAUAUGAAAGAAGCUUAUCAGAUGAGAUCGGAGAUGCAAGUCAAAGGCCUCACACCUGACGUUUAUACUUACACUUCUCUUGUACAUGGCGAGUGCAUGCAUGGAAAGAUAGAUAGCGCUGUGGAAUUGUUUAAUGAAAUGCACGGUAGGCUCUUAGCGCCAAAUGUUGUAACUUAUACGGCGCUUAUUUCAGGCCUGUCAAAAGAGGGAAGAUCAGAUGAAGCUUUUAGAUUGUAUGAUGAGAUGACAGGGGCAGGUCUUACACCUGAUGACACUGUAUACUCUUCGCUCGUGGGAAGUCUUCAUGGUUCUAAAUCCUAGCCUGGAAUGUAUAACAUGGAUGAGUUUUAUUUAUCA